AUGACGAUAGCGGGCCUCGUCGCCACGGCCCUCGUCGUCUACAGCUACGCGUUCGUCGUCGCUGGCAUCGUGGACGUUGAUGGCGACGCCGACGGAGGCUACCCGCCGCAGUGUCUGCUGUACGAGCGCUACCUGCCGGCGAUGACCGUGCUGAAUAACGUUGACACGGUGACAACUCUCAUCAUUCCCUCAAUCGUCAUUGUCACGAUGAACGUGACGAUCGCUCGGAAGGUCGUCGCCUUCUACAAGCGUCGCUCAGCGAUGUCCGCGGACGCCGUCGGCUCGCCGGCGACCUCCCGCUACGUCGUCGCGCGCGGCUUCCCGACGAACGGAGCGCCCUCUACCCACACGUCGCUGCCGACGCGCACUUACCGCGACGCGCUGCGCUCGCGCAACCAGAUCCGCAUCACGAAGAUGCUGCUCUUCGUCUCGACGGUCUUCAUUACCCUGAACCUGCCGAGCCACGCCGUCCGCCUGCACGUGUUCGUCGUGCACCUGCUAGAUCCAGGGUUCGUGCCCACAGAGCGGCUGGAGGUCGGUCAGCAGUACGCUCAGCUCGUCUACAACACCAACUUCUCCAUCAACUUUUUCCUGUACAGCCUCGCGGGCGCAGGCUUUCGCAAAUCGCUGCGUCGGCGACAUGCGUCUAAACAGAGGAAUUGCUCCGACCUGUGA